ACAAUUUUCGUGGCUAGGGGAGUAGUCAAAUCAAAUAAUUGAAAAACAGAGCCUCCGUCGUAGUCGAAGUCUGAUUUCCGUAGUGGAGCAGAGAAUAUAUUCGAUUUUUUUCCACGGGCAGAAGAGUGUGACUAUAUUCAUGUCUAUGAGUUAGCCACUGAAGAAAUCGUUGCUCUUUCAUGGAUACAUUAGUGUCCCUUUAAAAUAAAAAGUCGAUUUCUUCAGAGACAAAAUUGUUUUUUUUUUGGUUUCAGACAAUUGUUUCAGUUCAUCUUCUCUUCUCUUAUUUCUUUUUUCUUUUUAUGUCUCAUUUUCUCUUUCUUCCUCACUCUAUCAAAUGUCUCGUUAUUUUCAAAGUAGAGAAUGGAUGGAUCGACAUAUUGAUCCAACAAGAAAUCGUGUAUCAGAAGAGUUUUUAGAGGGAAUUGAUGUUUUUCUUGCGUUUGCUUGUAGUCAAGCAUCUUACAAAGAGUCAGGCACUAUAUUGUGUCCUUGUGCACGGUGUAAAAAUCGAAAGCAGAGAGAUGCAAAAACUGUAUCUAGCCAUCUUUUUCGAGUUGGAUUUAAGGGAAACUACUAUGUUUGGUCAAGCCAUGGAGAAUGUUACUAUGAUGCUGGUGAAUCCUCGAGAGCAAAUCAUUUUUCCGGUGAAGAAGCAAUGUGGGAUGAACAACACACAAAUUUCACGACUGGUAAUGAUGAGAAUUAUCCAUAUGCAAAUAUUAAUGAGGGGCAAGACGUGUCAUCAGCCCAUGUACAAGAGAAUCUGAUGGAAACAACCAACGAAGAACCAUACCAUGAUAGCGUUUUCCAAGCUUUUGAAGCAGCCAAUCAACCUCUUUACGAUGGGUGUGCUGAAGGAAUUUCUCAACUAUAUCUUGCUUCACGUAUGAUGAAGGCAAAAAGCGAUUACAAUAUGGUAGAGGCAUGUGUUGAUGAGAUAUCACAGACUAUCAAAGAUGUUUUGCCCAAACCAAAUACAGCUCCUGCAUCAUAUUACGAGGCAAAAAAGUUGACAAGAGCACUUGGGCUGCCUGUUAAAAAAAUUGAUGUUUGUGAGGAUAACUGCAUGCUCUUCUGGAAGGAGGAUCGAUCACUUCUAUGCUGUCGGUUUUGUGGUAAAGAUAGAUACCAUCCAAACAAUGGAAAAGGAAAAAGUCGACCAAAACAGAGGAUGUUUUAUAUGCCAAUAACAGAGCGGUUAAUGCGGCUAUACCAAUUAGAGACAACUGCAUCUCAAAUGCGCUGGCAUGCUGAGCAUUUGUCUCCUGAAGGAGAAAUGCAUCACCCAUCAGAUGGAGCAGCAUGGAAGCAUUUUAAUGAGGUAUAUCCUCAUUUCGCAGCUGAAAGUCGCAAUGUAUAUCUUGGCUUGUCAACAGAUGGAUUUAACCCAAUUGGUAUGAAUGGUGAGGCACAUUCAGUUUGGCCUGUGAUUAUAACUCCUUAUAAUUUACCCCCUGGCAUGUGUAUGAAAAGGGAAUAUUUCUUCUUGUCGAUACUAGUUCCUGGGCCAAAACAUCCAAAGAAAAGUCUACACAUCUAUCUUCAGCCAUUGAUUGAAGAAUUAAAGAGUUUGUGGAGUGACGGUGUGGAAACGUACGAUAUAUCAAAGAAACAAAAAUUUACGAUGAGAGUUGCAUUGAUGUGGAAAAUCAAUGAUUUUCCAGCAUAUGGCAUGGUCUCUGGUUGGAUGACGCAUGGGCGUUUAGCAUGUCCAUACUGUUUAGACGAGACACAAUCGUUUUGGUUACAAAAUGGAAGGAAGCAUAGUUGGUUCGAUUGCCACAGAAAGUUUUUGCCUCAAGAUCAUCCUUAUAGACGAAAUGUGCAAGCAUUUAGACGAGGCAAAGCAGUUACAGAAGAUCCUCCACCAUGGUUGAAUGGAGAAGAAAUUCUAUACGAAAGAAUAAAUAACAUUGUUGGGUUAUCAAAAACAGUUGAUUGUGGAGGAAAUGGACAUGAGAAGCCUGCUCGAACUGUAAAUGGAUAUGGGGUUCAUCAUAAUUGGGUCAAAAAGAGUAUAUUUUGGGAGUUGCCGUACUGGGAAAUCUUCUUCUUCGACACAACCUUGAUUUCAUGCAUGUUGAGAAAAAUUUCUUUGAUAAUCUCAUCAACACAGUAUUAAAUGUUCCAGGAAAGACCAAAGACAACAUAAAAUCAAGGUUGGAUCUCUUAGCAUUGUGUAGAAGAUCGAGCCUUCAUAUACAACAAGACGGAACGAUGCCUGUGCCAAACUUUAGGCUAUCAAAUGAAGGUAAACGAGAAUUCCUUCUAUGGUUAAAAAAUGAUAUAAGAUUUCCAGAUGGGUAUGCAUCGAAGUUUGGUCGUUGUGUUGACAUAAAUCGUUGGAAGUUAUCGGGUCUGAAAAGUCAUGAUUGUCACGUUAUCAUGCAACGACUUCUCCCAUUUGCGUUUUUGGAACUUCUUCCCAAAAAUGUUCACACGGCAAUUUCAGAUAUUGCACUCUUCUUUCGAGAUAUAUCAGCAAAGAUUUUACGAAAUGAAGAUGUUAAUCUUUUGAAAGCUAAUAUCGCGGUGAAGCUUUGUAACUUAGAGAAAAUAUUUCCUCCAUCGUUCUUUGAUGUUAUGGAACACCUUCCCAUACACCUUCCAGAUGAAGCUGCUUUAGGUGGUCCAGUUCAAUAUAGGUGGAUGUAUCCAUUUGAGAGAUACAUGUAUCAUCUGAAAAAGAAAGUCAAGAACAAGGCACACAUUGCAGGUUCAAUAGUAGCACAAUGUCUGAACGAAGAGAUUUCAAAUGCAUCAGCAAAUUUCUUUGGAAAUCCAGAAGUUAAAGAUGAACCAAUAGGUCCUGGAGAUAUUCGAUUUACAUAUGAUGAUCCAGAUGUGCCGAGCUUUUUUUAUCAUGAAGGUCGAGCUGGUGGGAAAGCAACAAAUAAAUGGUUAACAGAUGAUGACUACACCGUGCUCCAAACAUUUAUGUUGCUUAAUUGUGACAAAUUUGAGCCAUAUGAAAGAGUGUUUGAAGAGUAUAUGGCAGAGCGUAACCCACAAAUGACUAGUAACGAACUGCAGAUAGCGAAAGACCAACACUUUGCGCAAUGGGUUAAAGACUACAUUAACAAUGCAACCGAGUCAUAUCAAUUUCCCUUGUGGAUGUUAGAUUUCGUACAAGGUCCAAGACGUAGUUAUUCAUCAUGGCCUAUAUAUUUCUCAAGAGGAUAUUGUUUCCACACACAUAACCAUGGACAAAAUAAGAAAACUCAACAUUACGGCGUUUGUGUUCGCGGAACGACCGACAUGGAUUAUUACGGGCUAAUAGUGGAGAUCAUGAUGAUCGAAUACCAUGGUGCUGUUGGAUUGAAGGCUAUGAUUUUCAAAUGCAGGUGGUUUGAUACAACGGAAGGUGAGGGAAUGCGCAAACAUCCAGCAGGCAUUAUUGAUGUUUCACCACGCAGACAAUACCAUAAAUAUGAUCCAUUUGUAUUAGCUGGUAACUGUGAUCAGGUGUGUUUUAUUCCUUAUCCACGUGUGCAUCAUAACUCCGCAACUGACUGGUGGGCUUGUACGAAAGUUAUGCCUCGAGAGAGAUGUGAAACAUCUGAAAUUGCUCUAAUUGCAUUACAAGAUGAUACACAUAAUCAUGUGGUGGCACCAAGUUCAAUGAUGCGAGUUGAAACACAUGUCGUUGAAGAUGCUUCAGACUAUGAUACGUUGCCGGUGUCUCCUCCUAAUGAUGAAUACGUAUCAGAAGACGAAUUAGAAGAUUUGUGUGAUGAUUCUGAUUCUGAUACUGAUUAUGAUGUCGAUUAUGGUUCUAGUUAAGUUUAGUUCAAUUCUAGUGUUUGGAAUUCAGUUCUCUGUUUGGUUCUCUGU